CCAAAGAGCCAGCACAUGCAGUUAAAGUUCAUCCAGUUUUUGGGGGGGUUUUACCUAACCUGAGGGUCUAAUGGUGAAAAAGUCUAAUAAACAUUAGUUUGCCAUAGGGAAACUAAUAUUUUCAGGUGGUUGCAUGUCUGCAAUCCACACAGGACAAUAAAUGUGUGCAAAAAUAAUGUGACAAACAUCUUAACAUCUCUCUGCCUCACCCUGAAAAAUGCGGGACCGGAUUAAAGAGCUGAGAAAAUACAUUGAGGCUUCAGAUCAGGAUGAUGAUGAUGAGGAGGAGACCAGAGCUUUGAUCACCAAACCCAGAAACUCAUCAACCAAAGAGGAGAAGGAGAGUGAAGCCUUCUUAAAAAAGGCACAUGAAAUCCAUGAGGAGAUCCAGAGUCUCAAGAAGAUGGUGUUGGACCUUGAGAACAAACAAAAAACUGUGCUCAGCAUGGCUCUGCCUGUGGAGGGUCGGAAGAAAGAGCUGCAGUUUUUUGCAGGAGAGAUCAAAACAAUGGCGAGCCAGAUCCAGAGAAAGCUGAGGAAUAUUGAACCCAAGAAGGGAGUCAAGGAGGGAAAAUAUAUUCCCAUAAAUGUUCGGAUACAACGCACACAGCACAGCAUCUGCUCCAAGAUGUUUCUGGAGCUGGUGGGUUACUUUUACACCGUACAGUCCCGGUACAGAGACUGCAACAAGGAGAGAAUCCAGAGGCAACUAAACAUCACUGGGGUCAACGUAUCUGACGAGGAGCUGGACGCGAUGCUCGAAAGUGGCAAGAUGGAUGUACAGAUCUUCAGCAGUUGUGCAACUACAAAACAGGAUCUGGAUGAGAUCGAGUCCCAACACGAUGAGAUCCUGAAGCUGGAGCAAAGCAUUGAAACCCUGCAUGACAUGUUCCAGUACCUCACCAUUGAAGUGGUGGCCCAGGGAGAGAUGGUCAACCGGAUUCAAAACAACAUCGACCAGUCAUCUGUCAAUGUGGAGAAAGCAAAGGACAACACGGGGAAAGCAGUCACGUAUCGGCAGAAAGCGUGCAAGAAGAAGAUCUGGAUCGCCAUCUUUCUGGCCAUCGUCGUUGUAACGUUGGUCAUCUUGUUGUCCACCUUACUUUCAACCUAACUUCACUUGCAGAUUUUAUUUUUAUAAUGUAUUACAACUGGGCCACAUGGUUGGUGUAGUGGUUAGCACUCGUUCCUCUACAGCAAGAAGACCCGAGUUUGCAACCUGGUCGGAACAAGGGUGUUUCUGCAUGUUCUCCCUGUGUGUGCAUGGGUUUUCUCCAGGUUCUCCAGCUUCCUCCCACAGUCCAAAAACAUGCAGAUUUGGGGAUUAGGCAAAUUGGACACUCUAAAUUGACUGUAGGUGUGAGUGUGAGAGCGGAUGGUUGUUUGUGUCUGUGUCCCUGUGAUGGACUGGCAAUAUGUUCAGGAUGUGUCAGCUGAGAUUGAUAAAGCGGUAGAAAAUGGAUGCAUGUAUUACAACUAAUAAACGUUUGCUCUGAGGCUGUGUACAGAUCUCCAUUGAUGCUUUAACUACAAAACAGGCUCUGGAUGGGAUUGUGGCCCAGCUGGAGCAAAGCAUCAGAGACCUGCAUGACAUGUUCCAGUACCUCACCAUGGAACUCGCUUAGAUAAAAUAAUAUGAAUAAAAGUCUUU